AUGGAAUCCCCAGACAAAAUUACUGUGUAUCAAAAGUUGGUCCCAGACCCGUCUAGGCAUCUUUCAGCCCAAUCGGCAUUCCGACUCGAAGUCAUGAUCUUAUCUGAAGCGCACCAACGGCUUGCUGCUCGUUGCUUUGAGGAUAUAGUGAUAUAUGACUAUAAGAAGAACCGCAAGACUGUAGCUAUCCCGCCAUUUGUCAUGGAGCAGUUUGAGACUAUGUGGGAGCAGCAGGAGCAGGAGAAGGAGAAAUGGAGGCAGCAUAUUGCUGAUAUCGAAAAUCGGGUUCGAAGUCUUGAGCUUGAAAGCUGGGAUCGGGCGGACGCUGUGGAAGACAACGGGUCUGCGUGA